AUGGGGAAUGAUUCGGAAGAUGGCAAUAAACUUCUUAAAGAACAAGAUGGAUGUCGAACUUUCAAAACUUAUGAGCUAAUGACUCAUUCUUAUAACAGAUUGUAUCCUCAGCCUACGAUUUAUACUUCAACUGCUUCACUCCCUUUGGCUACACCCAUACCAACAAGUUCCGAUCCACCGUCUGGACCAACUGACUACAAAAAUCAAAAUUAUACUAACCAAGAAACAAACGAUCACAGCGAUAAUCAUAACAGUAGCAACGUCGAUGAUAAUAACUCUAGUUUGAAACCAUAUACUCGUCGAAAGCAAAAACGUAGUCAUCAAUCGAAUCCAGCUUUACCUCUUUACCCUUGGUAUGAUGUGAUAGCAGUAGAACAUCUCACUUCAGUCGGUCCACUCUGUCCAACUCCUGCACCAAAAGCUGAGAUCGAUUCAAAUCGAUCACCUAAAACAAGUCAUGUGACUACUGCUACUGAUCAAUCAUAG